CUAAGGCUUGCCAUCCUUUGGCCUUUGCUCACUCUACAUCACAUCCUGAAAGAAAACAAAUUCAUUCUGUACAACAUGGUGGCUUUUCCAUCAAAUCUUUAAGACCCAAAAAGAUUUUGUGUCAUUAAAUUAUGCCAUGGAGGCUCUCAAUGCAGCAAGCUUGACACCUGUAUCAGUUCUUUGUGAAAGAAGAACAGAGCCCAGAAAGAUCCCGUCUCUAUCCACAACUUCUUUAUCCAAACUCUCAACUUCUCGAGGGUCUUUAACAAGGAGCUUUCAUGGGGGUUUAGUGCUAGUAUCUUCAGUUCUUGCUACUCGUUUAACCAAAGCUUUAACAUAUGAAGAAGCCCUGCGGCAGUCAACAAGUUCUUCCACAUUUGAUGGUGAUGUAAGCGGGAUUCUUGAUAGUAUCAUCAGUUUUGGAACUGAGAAUCCUGCAAUUAUAGCUGGUGGUGUUACCAUCUUGGCAGUUCCAUUGAUUUUGUCUCUGGUUCUAAAGAAGCCUAAAUCAUGGGGUGUUGAAUCUGCAAAAAAUGCUUAUGCAAAGUUGGGUGAAGAUGGAAGUGCCCAAUUGCUGGAUAUAAGAUCUCCAGUGGAGUUUAGGCAAGUGGGUAGUCCUGAUGUACGAGGUCUGGGUAAGAAGCCUGUGUCAAUUGUUUACAGGGGGGAAGAUAAGCCAGGGUUCUUGAAGAAGCUGUCUUUGAAAUUCAAGGAACCAGAAAAUAUUACAUUGUUUAUUCUGGACAAAUUUGAUGGGAACUCCGAACUGGUAGCAGAGUUGGUCUCUGUUAAUGGAUUCAAAACUGCAUAUGCCAUAAAAGAUGGAGCAGAAGGACCCCGGGGAUGGGUGAAUAGCGGUCUUCCUUGGAUACCACCAAGAAAAGCAUUGAGUCUUGACCUUAGCAGUUUGACAGAAUCUAUAGCCAGUGUUAUUGGAGAGGGCUCUGAUGGUUUGCCUGUUACACUCGGGAUUGCUGCCGCAGCCGCUGGAUUAGGUCUAUUAGCAUUUAAAGAGGUAGAAACAAUACUUCAACUUUUAGGCUCAGUUGCCAUUGUUCAACUGGUUGGAAAGAAACUCCUGUUUGCAGAAGAUCGGAAACAGACACUCCAAGAAGUAGAUGAAUUCCUGAACGCUAAGGUCGCCCCUAAAGAGCUUGUUGAGGAUAUAAAGGAAAUUGGGAAAGCGCUACUACCAACACUAGUGAUGAGCAGCAAAGCUCUUCCUGCACCAGCUGAGGCAAGCCCAGAUCCUGCUUUUGUGGAAAAUCCUGAGCAGAAAGCAGAAGCAGCUGUUGAACCAGGCCCCCAAAUAAAUUCAGUACCCAAAACAGAAGUUAUAGCGGAAUCACUUCCUGGAAUUCCAAGACCUCUUUCUCCAUAUCCAACAUAUCCAGAUUUCAAGCCUCCAACAUCUCCUACCCCCUCACAGCCCUAGAUUGCAACUGUCUCGAGAGACUCCAUGUAAUUUCUACACCAAGAAACUGUGUAAGUCAGGAAUAUUAAAGCUAUGGUGUGAGUAUGCAAUCAUUUAUCUUGUUACAUGAAAUAUCUAGGCUUACACGAUGACUAAGAUGCAAGAAAAAUGAUUGUGUCAUGAAUUGGAUGAUUCGUAGUUUGCGAGAGUCUUCCCCUAUCGCGUUUCUUCAGCUACUUAAUUUCAUUUUCACUAGUAUCAGAUUCAUGUAGAUGUGCUUCAUAAUAAACUGUCUCUCAAGUCUUCGAGGCAGCUGUAUAACUCUAAACGCAUGGGCUUGCAGCACAUGCACCUGGUGACAGGCUGGUCUAAUGAAUUGGAGUAUCAACAAUUUACCUCAA